GUUGAUACGGAAGUGGGACUUCGUACUCUCCCACGCUCCUCCCUAGUCCGCCGGUCAGAGUGAUAGGAUGGCCGAGCGGACGACCCGGCUCCUGCUGCUAACCGUGGCAGUGGGGCUCGCGUGGGGCUCCCAAGGCGACCGCGAGCCGGUGUACCGCGACUGCGUGCUCAGCUGCGAGGAACGGAACUGCUCGGGGGACGCACUGAAGCACUUCCGCUCCCGCCAGCCAAUCUACAUGAGCCUAGCUGGCUGGACUUGUCGGGAUGAUUGCAAGUAUGAGUGUAUGUGGGUCACCGUUGGCCUCUACCUUCAGGAGGGUCACAGAGUGCCUCAGUUCCAUGGCAAGUGGCCCUUCUCCCGGUUCCUGUUCAUCCAAGAGCCAGCUUCCGCCGUGGCCUCACUCCUCAAUGGCUUGGCCAGCCUGGUGAUGCUCUGCCGCUACCGCGCCUCUGUGCCGGCCUCCUCCCCCAUGUACCAUACCUGCAUGGCCUUCGCUUGGGUGUCCCUCAAUGCUUGGUUCUGGUCCACAGUCUUCCAUACCAGGGACACUGACCUCACAGAGAAGAUGGAUUACUUCUGCGCCUCUGCCGUCAUCCUUCAUUCUGUUUACCUGUGCUGUGUCAGGACUGUGGGGCUGCAGCACCCGUCUGUGGCCAGCGCCUUCGGGGCCCUGCUGCUGCUGCUGCUCACGCUGCACAUCUCCUACCUGAGCCUCGUCCACUUCGACUACGGCUACAACAUGAUGGCCAACGUCACUAUAGGCCUGGUGAACCUGGUGUGGUGGCUGGCCUGGUGCCUGCGGAACCACCGGCGCCUACCUCACACUCGCAAGUGUGUGACGGUGGUGCUGCUGCUGCAGGGGCUGUCCCUGCUGGAGCUGCUGGACUUCCCGCCCCUCUUCUGGGUCCUGGACGCCCACGCCAUCUGGCACAUCAGCACCAUUCCUGUCCACAUCCUCUUUUUCAGAUUUCUGGAAGAUGACAGCUUGUACCUGCUGAAGGAAUCUGGAGCCAAGUUCAAGCUGGACUAAAGACCCUGGGAGGGACAGCCCAGCCUCAUUCCCAAUGUUCCUCCCUCCUCCCCCGAGAUGAUUAUUUCUCUCCUUUUAGCUUCUCGAACUUGAAGACGCAGGGUAUGGACUUGACGUCCUAUAGCUAGCUACCUGCCCCUUGCUGGCCCUCACGUGGAACCUGUCUCGGGGUUGGCCUCCUCACAUCUGAGACAGGGAAUAGGCAGCCCUCCUGUGCCUGGGCUGAACGGAGACCAGGUUUUCAGGUCUACAAAGAGGAGUACUGUUUCUGUGUCCUCAACCACUUCCUUUUGCACAUCACUCACCCCCAUAGUACCACCCCAAGUACCUCUUACGCCCCUACCACACCUGCAGGCCUUUGGGGUACUUUGGGAUCUCUUUCUGCCAUGAUGCCACUAGGUGGCACUGGUUGCUUGCUCUUUAGCUGCCCAAGUUUCUUCCUGGGCUUCUGGGACGGGACAUAGAGGCGGUGGCAGGGUGGCGGGGGUGAGGGGCUUUCUGUCCUGCCUCCUACACCCAACAUUCUUGCCUUCAGGGGCAGGGCCCCAGAAGGCUUGGGAUGAGAACCCUGGCUGCUCUUCUGUUUGGGAGUGGACACAUUGAUGUGUAGAGGGAUAUGGGCCAAGCCAGGAGCAGAGAUGACCAGAUAAUCAGUGAGCGGUGUUUGUCAGGACUGGAGGACUGUGGGCCUUCACUUACAGUGUAGACAGUGGGGUGUGUGUGUUUCAGGGGGUAUGUGGGCGAGUGUGGUUUGAGGAAGAUCUGAGCAUGCAUGGGCUACACUUGUAGGAGGCUGGAGCGGAACAGGGGAAUCGAGUCACCACCAACAGUUGCUUGAGCUCCAGUGUCUGCCCAAGGCCAACCAGCCGCUAGUAUAUGCAUAUGAUCUGAUAGGUUCUGGGGUGCUGGAUGUAAGUGUGGGCAGCUGCCCAGUGCCCCUUUGCAUUCCACUGUAAAUUACAGGACCCCCACGUGUCCUGAGAGCACCCUGCAGAACCAGCCCCUGGAAGGCAGAGAGAGGAAGGGAAAAGGUGGCCCCCUCUUGUUUUGUAUGUAUAUGUAUUUUUUUAAAUCUUGGCACGUUGGGCCUCCCAACUCAGUUCCCUGCUAUAGCUCCUUGUCAGAGUCUGGACUUGAGGGGCAUCAGGCAGUGGGGAAGAAGAUAUGGAACUUAGGUCUGAUCACGGUUCCCUGCCCUCCAUAGAGGAGCUUACUCUCCCAGGGUAAUCCCAGAGCAAGCAGGGCCCGUACAGCCUGUACCCUGAACCAGUCCCUCAGAAGGCAGUCUGCAGCUGAGCCUGCUCCCUCUUUGUGGGGCAGGGUAGCUACGCCAGGGUUCCAGCUCAGGUACCUGGGCAGCCUAUGGGGGGUUUUCUUUGUUUGUUUGUUUUGAUACUAAGAAUACUUUAAAGGCCAGAGACAGUAAAGGACAUGCUUAAUAAACAAAUCCCUGGCCUCA